CGGUCACCAGUCAGUGGCCAGCUGAUGCGUCGUCUUCUCAUCUCAAUCACUCGCAACGAUGACAGGUGGACGAGAGCUGCUGCUCCUGGCAGUGAUCCCUCUCCUGGUGAGAUGUCAGCAGAAACCAACAGUGUCCAUGUCCCCCAACCUGACGCAGAUCUUCACCGGAGACUUGUUGCACUUGCACUGUAAGGAUGGUCAGAGCGGUGGCGAUGCAACUUGGUAUUUUAAUGAUAAAAGGCAGGAUAAAGGCAAGAAUAAAACCCUGAAGAUAGUCGCCACCUCCAAGGACUCAGGACGCUACAGAUGUGAGAUCAGCGGCCAAAUGAGCGAUGAGCUCUCCAUCAAAGUUUAUGAAUACGUUCCCAUCGCAUCGCUCAGCAUCAGAACAGGCCAGCCGGUGAUGCGCAAGAAUGACAAAGUUCUGUUGCGGCUUAUGCAUGACAAUGGACUGCACGGAUGGUUCUGCAAGGUCAACCGGGGAGAGGAAACCCGGACGUUCCAGUUACGGAUGAAGAAUAGAAAUCUAACAUCGUUCGUCUUCGAAACCACUGCACUCAGAGUCCCUGAGACCAUUUAUUGGUGUGAGCAGGAUGAAAACUACAGAAGUAACCAGGUCAUACUCAGGACCACUGAAAACGAAGUGACUCUGGAAAUGUAUCCGUUCCCAGCAAUCGCAGGAGAGGGCCUGACCCUGAAAUGUCUUGUGUGGGGAACGGAUGAAAUUAGCAAGUCUGUUUUCUACAAAGACAACCGAAUGUAUCAGGAUGUUAGCGGACCGACGUAUAAAAUCAGAAGCGUUACUGAAUCUGAUGUGGGAAGAUAUAAGUGUGAAGCCACCUACAGACACAAGGCCCAGACCAUCAGAACUUCUCAUACAUACGACUCUGAUGUCCAGGACAUGUUGUUCCACGCUCGUCCUGUCAGACCUCAACUCUCCAAUGACAUGGAGUGCUCCUGUCCGUCAUGUUACGGCAACAUGUCAUACAGGUUUUAUGAGCAAACCGAUCGUUUCUGGAGACCACUCCCCCUGAAUGAGAAACCCAGCAGCUACGGCAUCUACCACUGCAGAUUUGUUCUGGACUACAUGAGGACUUUGCCCAGCAACUCUGAGCGUUCAAGUGGCCCCGGUCCAUCUCCGGUGUUGGGUAUAGUGAUGGGGAUCUUGGUUGCUCUCCUACUCAUCUGCUUUUUGUUGUGCUUUUUGAAGUGGAAUAACAAGAGAAAAGCUCAAGCGGACAUUUACCAGGAAGUGCCAAUGAGGUCACCAGAGGAACGACAUUAUGAUGCUCUGAAUGUGGCGCAAGUGAAAGAGGGCGAAUACGACACGCUUCAGUCUGGAGCAGAGGGCAGAGAGAAGACAGGUGGCGAAUACCAACCGCUGAAGAAACAAGGCACCAAGGAGGAGGUUUACCACACUCUGGGAGAUAACGCGCCGUCGGGAUCAGGAGAAGGAGGUUAUGAAGCUCUAAAGAGAGAAGGAAUGCAAAAGGAUGAAUACGACACCCUUAAAACCAAGGAAGCGGAGAAGAAACCAGAUGCAGAAAGUGAGGGAGGUGAUGGGGGUUAUGAAGCCCUGAAGAGAGAAGGAAUGCAAAAGGAUGAAUACGACACCCUUAAAACCAAGCAAGCGGAGGACAAUGCAGGUGCAAAAAGUGAGGGAGGAUACGAGGCCCUGAAGAGAGAAGGAAUGCAAAAGGACGAAUAUGACACCCUUAAAACCAAGGAAGCAGAGAAGAAACCAGGCGCAGAAAGUUAGUUGGAGAAAGUGGAGGAGAUAAUUGAGAUAAACAAGAGCGAGGCUCCAAGACAAAGAAUGGCGGGUUUAAUUCCACCCAGAGGCGGGCAGAUUAGCCAAAUACUUUAUUCAAGUAAGAGUAGCAUUACUUCAACACAUUUACUCAAUUACAAGUAAAAAGUAAUUUCAAUGUCAAUGAAAAAAAAACAGGAUUUAGCAUGAAGGCUACUCAGCUGCCAAGUAACAAUUCAAACAGCUGAUUUAAUUUGGACAACAUUAUGUAAUCAGACAGAGAAAAACACAAAGUCAUCUGCAAAUUCUGUAGAAUGUGUAGAAUUGAUAAAAUUAUAAUGAAAUAACAAAUUUAGACAGAAGAAACACACAUUUCUUGUUCUUUUUUUUUUGAGUACUUCCACUGACAAUACAUGCUGUUUAUCGUCUUAUUUCUUUGACCUUCCAAAUGACACAGCAGGCUGAGCAGACAGAAAAUACAAAAACAGGUCUCACUUCAGCAUAAAUUACUGAUUUCGGUGCAUCUGAUGCAUUUUGGGUUAAAAUAUUCUUGUUCAUCAUUCAGUGCAGGAACUCCAAGUCAGUGGAGAAACCAGAAAUAUUUUCUUCCCUUUUUCUUUGGUAUUAAUAAAAUAGUUUUGAUCGAUAAUUUUACAGUGCAGUUAAACUAUUGUUAAAAGUGAGUUGUUGUUGUUUUUUUUUAUUAAAUAUUUUUUAAAUAAAACAAUAAAGAAAAAAGAAAAAAACAAAUAUAAAUAAACAAAUAAAAGUAAGUUUUUUUUCAAAGGUAAAUGUAACUAUACCAUCCACUUCUUCCUCAAUUAGCUGACUAAUUAAAAAGGAAUUCAGUGCCAGUGUGUAAUUAAACAUAAUA